AUGCUGGGGGGUACCAGCACCAGGAUGCUCCGAACCGUUGUAGCCGUCGUAGCGUUUUCUCGCGACUCUUCCGCGCGGUUCCUCGGUGCACAUCAGAUUUCAGCGGAACAGGUCCCGGCUCCACCGCAGCCCCGACGUGCCCCGUUCGCAGUUGUCAAAAGUGAAAAGGAGCUUGCAGCAAAGAAGGCUGCUCCGGCGAGACCGGCGAAGCGGGACUGCGUCCGGAAGCCUACGAUUUCCGUAUGCGAUUGCAAAGAGAUGAUUGCUGCCUGCGACGUUGAGCGUGACUUUUGUCUGACAGCGGUAGCCCGAUUGCGGGGCGGCGAUGAUGUAGAAGCAGAGACGCCGCAACAGGCUCUGUUCCGUGCGAAGUUCGAUCACCCGCUUUUGAAUACUUUCGCGCAGUUACCGGUGCCAGUAAAUGGCUUCGGAACACGAGUGUCUGAGGAGGACGUUGACUUCACAAGAGUCAAGUCCCGCGGAAAGUGCUCUGCUGAAGAAAUGGGAGGUAUUCAUGGUCCUGACGAUGGCAAAGAAUCGAUGUCUACGUUACAAUGUGUCUAUGCUACAAGUUAUGCUUCUGCUUCAACAACUUGUAGUUCCAAUAAAUGUUGCAAUGACUCACUCGUUAGUAGGAAGAUCUAAACGGGUCGUAGUUGUUGUCAGGAUUCGGCAUCCCUGCUACCUGAUUUGCUGACAUCGUAGUUUACGCGACUAGGUCUCUCGGUGUCGUCAAUCACCUCAAGGAAUGUCUUCAAUGAAAUGAUCUGCACGUGAAAAAGCAGCGUGGCAUCUUUCUCUGUGAUGUUUCGUUGAAGACACUCGUGCAAGACGAAGUGUAGUUAGCUUUUCCAUGUGGCAACUUCUUCCUGUCAAUUGCCGCUGUCCGAGCUUUCUCAUAACUCCCUUGGUUGUUUGUUACCCUGAGGUAUUGGAAAAUUGUUGCUCUAUGUGCUAACUCGUAUGCUCAUGGUUCAACUCCCUUGAUUUGCACAUGAAAAAGCAGCGUGGCAUCUUUGCCUGUGGUGCUAUGCUGAAGACACUUGUGCUAGAUGAAAUAGUCUGCUUUCCAUGUGGCGGUUCCGUGCUUAUGGGUCGUUGCUGUCCAUGCGUUCUGACAUUCUCGAUGCCUGUUUGAAAUUCUCAUAGAUCAUUUAUGACGAUGAUCUUCAAAAUACUACUUUCAUCUUUCUAGUCUCGCUAUAUUGCUUGGUGAGCAUGAAGUUCCAAGGUCCACACGCUUAUUACCAUGACUUCCUAAUCUUAAUCUAAGCCUACCACAGGCCAGUUGUAGUUGAGAUUCAAUAACGAAAGUUGGCUUUUGAUGUUCGACCCACCAGGUCUCGACAAGUGUUUGGCUUUGUUUUGGCAGUGCGAUCGUGUUCGAGGCCACCUGGCGGAAGAAGCGAGCGGCGAUGCCGAAGAGGUGGAAAAAAUUUACAGACAUCCAGGCGACACACCAUGGUGAUGCUAGAGAUCAGUUGUGGAUUGCUCCAUCAACAGAAUGUUUCUUUUCGGAGACGUUCAAGUCCCUUAAUGUUGCAACGCUUGUUUUUUCCACAUGUUGUAACUGACACAGGCUGCUGAUCUUUGUGGAUAAGCGCAUGGAGUUGGCAGCGAGUGGCUC